CACAACUACUUUCCAUCAGCCAUUGAGAACAGUACCUGCUCUGGAAGAACGGAUAGAACCGAUCGUGUAGCCUCUCGAGCCUCCGCCUUGCAAACACUCAUCCCAGGACACAGUCAAUCCAUACUACUGAAGGCUCAACCGAAGACACCGCCAUGGACGACCAAGACAAUAUAUUUACCCGCGACGAACCUCUCUCCGAGCAAGAACACGCGAUCCUAGCCAACUACGCCACCGAACCGCGCUACAGCCACGGUAUGAAUAAGGCACGCAAGCCAAAAAUUCAACGGACGUAUUUUGACACCCCCAAAUGGGUCUUGAACUCCGGCCAUCAAGAACCGAACCAGGGCGCCGACCAACCCGGGGGCCCCCUCUCAUUGCGCCAGGAUACAUCCAGGCCGUAUGCCCCUUUUCCUGAGGGUAGUAAUGUGAGCGAUGGUGCCAAUCACGAGCAAGGGCAAAAUCGCUCGCUGGGGUAUGAGAUGACCAGUAGUCCUUUGGGAAGAGGAAAUGACUUUGAUUUUGUUGAUUCGACAAUCCACGAUGAGGGAUACAGGUUUUGUGGAGGUCUGGGGGAGUAAAUGCAGCAAGGAGGCUGUGGAUCUGAGGUAUAUGUGUCACAGAUGUCAUAGGUCGAAGACGUUCGUGUCAAUGCAAUAACCACACUUAGAUUUGCAUUAGUG